AUGCAGAACGAGAGAGUUAUUGCUUAUGCCUCUCAGCAGUUGAAGGAUUAUGAAUGCAACUACCCAACUCAUGAUUUAGAGUUAGCUGUUGUGGUGUUUGCUCUAAAGAUAUGGAGACAUUAUCUGUACGGUGAGAAGAUACAAAAAGAGCUCAACAUGAGGCAACGUCGAUGGUUGGAGUUAGUGAAAGACUAUGAUGUGGAGAUCCUACAUCACCCUGGUAAAGCUAAUGUGGUAGCUGAUGCCUUGAGUCGUAAGACAGCUCACUCAUCUGCAAUGUUGACGAGACAACCCAACAUUCAAAUGGAGUUUGAACGAGCUCAGAUAGCUGUGUUGGUCAAGGAAGCGACAGCUCAGCUAGCUCUUAUGACUAUCUGUCCGAUGUUGCAGCAACAAAUUAUUCAGGGUCGACAAAGGGACCCUUAUUUUGCAAAAGUCGUGAAGCAACUUGAGACUGAACAAGUCAAGGAUUUCUUGAUAACGGGUGAUGGAUGUGCCAUAAAGAUGUAUCAGGACUUGAAAACAUGCUUUUGGUGGCCUGAAAUGAAGAAAGAUUGGGAAGAAGUGACCAUGGAUUUCAUUAUAGGGCUACCUAGAACCCAGUCAGGGUUUACAGUCAUAUGGGUUAUUGUGGACAGAUUAACUAAGACAGCUCAUUUUGUACCAGAAAAGUCUACGUAUUCAAUUGACAAGUGGGCACAAUUGUAUUUAAAGAAGUUUGUAAGGUUGCAUGAUGUACCCGUUUUUGUUGUGUCUGAUAGGGAUGCACGGUUUACUUCUCGAUUCUGGAAGAGUCUUCAAGAAGCCCUUGGUACACAAUUGAAGUUUAGUACACCAUUCCAUCCUCGUACAGAUGGACAGACAGAGAGACUAAAUCAGAUUCUCAAGAACAUGUUGCAUGCAUGUGUACUUGAUUUUGCUGGCAGUUAA